AUGUCCACGUCUUCAAACUCCCCACGCAUCCCCGCCAUCUAUGGUACCUCGUUCUUCGGUACCAAAGUUGCCGCUACCGAUGCUCAGGCGUUCAUCGACACCCUUCUUCGCGCCGGCGGUUCGCGUCUUGAUACGGCUCAACGGUAUGGCAAUGGUGCAUCCGAGAACGUUGUGGUCGGUCUGGACGUCAAGAACUGUACAGUCGAUACCAAGAUAUUCCCAUCGCCUCCGGAUGGCUUUUCCACCUCUGCCACUCGUGAUGCUGUAGAGCGCUCGCGGGCGCUCUUCGCGCAACAUGGUCUCAAGAUCAAUGUCCUGUAUCUUCACGCGCCUGAUCGCGAGACGCCCAUCGAGGAGACUCUGGAAGCGCUCAAUGAGGCGCACAAAGCUGGUGCAUUCAAGGAGCUCGGAUUGAGCAACUUCUACGCUUGGGAAGUCGGUGAAGUCGUCGGGUACGCUCGCGCGAAAGGAUGGGUUGUUCCCACAGUCUACCAAGGCCAAUACAAUGCCAUCGACAGAACCGUUGAAGAGGAACUAUUCCCUUGCCUGAGGAAGUACAACAUCCGCUUCGCGGCCUACUCGCCUCUUGCUGGCGGCAUUCUCACAACCGCGUACUUGUCCGACCCUCAGAAGAUCCUCGCCAACCCACGGUUCCAGCACCCGCGUUGGAAGGAUCGCUACACCGUUGCCAUUGAGAAACUAGCCGGCAUCCGUGCGCUCGCGGAGAGCAAGGGCAUCACAAUUGAAGAAGCCGCGACGCGGUGGCUAGUCCACCACUCGGCACUUCGUACAUCGGAUCAUGGCGUCUUAUAUGGAGCUAGCAAGGUUGAGCAGCUCGAGACGUCGUUAGCCAAUCACGCGAAGGAUCCUCUUCCAGAGGAUAUCGCUACGGCGCUGGAGGAUCUGUGGGUGAACGAGCUCAAGGGCAAGACCCCGACGUACGCGAUGUGA